UCACUUAAAUAUAACAAAAACAAUGGAAUCCUGCAAUGCUUAGUUCUGUAUUUGUCCCAAGAACAAUGCUUCUAAUUAUAUUUCACAUUUGUGGAAUUAUACACUUUAUCCAUGCAUUCGGGCCAAAUGGACAAAUCGGUAUCGAUUGGACUGUAUUUCCUGAUGAGAAUGGUGCACUUCAGUUCAUUGACUUGAAAGUAAAUAAUGAAAUAUUAGACCAACUAUCCAGAGAUGCGAGUUUUUAUAGAAGGAAAACCAGAUUUUGGCUCUACACAAGUGAUAACAAGCACAUUCAUGAAGAACUGUUCAUCGAUCGCAGACUAAAUAACAGGACACACUUUAAAGCUGAUAAGCCCCUUAUAAUGAUAACUCAUGGAUGGGUUAACAGUGGACAUUCACAAUCUGUACAAUAUAUUAAAAACGAAUAUUUGAAAAGAAUGGAUGUGAACGUGAUCGUUGUUGACUGGCAUCUCGCUUCUAGAACACCUUAUUUGAUGGCUUCUUUUAUGACCGCUCUUGUUGGUGAAGAUAUAAAAGACAUGGUGCUCACUCUUAUAAAGGAAUACGAUUUCGAUAUAAAUGAUUUGCAUUUAAUUGGGCACAGUUUGGGAGCUCACGUUGUUGGAAGGGCUGGAAAUGCUCUGAAGCGACAUAAAGCGAUUGUUCCUCGAAUUACAGGACUGGACCCCGCUCGUCCAUUGUUUGAACAUCCGAGGGUAUUCAGUGCAAUAAGCAAAAAUGAUGCCUAUUUCGUCGACAUAAUUCACACAAAUCUUGGCGUUUUUGGAUUUGUUCGAGAUAUAGGACACGCUGAUUUUUAUCCAAAUGGUGGUCUUAAGCAGUAUCAUUGUAGACACCCUGACUUGAAUUUUGUCUCAGAUCAUAAUUGUGCCUGGGUGUAUUAUGGGGAAUCCAUAAAUUCUCAAAUAUUUGUAUCACAUCGAUGUGCCUCCUACGACGACUUCAAGAAACGGAAAUGUAACGAUAUCCAAUAUAUGGGAUCACCCUGCGAUUCUACAUCGCGCGGGAAAUAUUAUUUAGAUGUGCUAAAAUAAGCAAUAAAAGCCUUAUUGGCUGAUAGUUUUCAUUUCAAAGUUAUUGAUCAGUUCAAUAGAUUUAUUUGUGGAUUGUUGAAACGCUGUUGAUAUAAAAUAGUAAAAAUAGUAGAUAAAAAUUAUAACAUUUCAGAUUUAUACGUUUAUAUACAGAGUGGUAGUAAAAUAUGAAAUUAAUAUUUUACUUUUGACCGAUAAAAUGACACCAUA